UCGCACUGUCUGAUAUGAUCAUGAGAAGUCCAGUGCAAGCAACCAUACAGAGUGGUAGCAAGUAAUUAUCCCGAUUCUCUCUCUCACCCUCGGCGGCUCUGCAACUCUGUAUCUGUGUGUAUAAAACACUGUCGAAUAAACUUAGAAUUCUCAAAAUAUCUGUGAAUUAGCUGUCUCAAUGCCGGGUCUGGUUUCGGUAAAAACCCCACAGGACUCUCCAUCGCUUCGAGUUCUCGUUCCCGACGGCGACCCCCAGGUUCAGAACCAUGACAUGGGAUCCGAGACCCCAAACCCCAAGACCAAAUCGCCGAUCCCGAAGAGAGCCCCAUCUCCAUCUCCAUCCACUUCACGGGGAAGACCCUCGCCACCGGACCGGAGCUCUGGCAAGAAAAAAACGCCAGAGAAGCCGAAACUCGACGAAUCAUCCCUCGACAAUCCUGAUCUCGGGCCCUUUCUUCUGAAACUCGCCCGUGACACGAUCGCGUCCGGAGACAGCGCAAACAAGGCGUUGGACUUCGCGAUCCGAGCUUCAAAAUCCUUCGAGCGAUGCGCAGGAGAGGGCGAACCGAGAUUGGAGUUGGCCAUGAGUUUGCACGUUGUUGCUGCGAUUUACUGCAGUUUAGGACAAUUUGAGGAGGCGAUCCCGGUGCUUGAGCGGGCAAUAGCGGUCCCGGAUGUUGCGAGAGGAUCGGAUCAUGCGCUCGCGGCGUUUUCGGGGUAUAUGCAGCUCGGCGAUACGCAUUCGAUGCUGGGGCAGCUCGAUCGCUCCAUUGCUUGUUACAGUGCAGGGUUGAAGAUCCAAAUUGAAACCUUAGGAGAGUCAGAUCCGCGAGUUGCAGAGACUUGUAGGUACUUGGCUGAGGCCCAUGUUCAAGCAAUGCAAUUUGAUGAAGCAGAAAAUUUAUGCAAGAAGACCCUAGACAUCCACCAAGAACACAGUGAGCCAGCAUCACUUGAAGAAGCAGCUGACCGCAGGUUGAUGGCCCUCGUCUGUGAGGCAAAGGGUGAUUAUGAAUCUGCACUUGAGCACCUCGUUCUUGCCAGUAUGGCAAUGAUUGCUAACGGUAAUGACAACGAGGUUGCUGCUAUCGAUGUUAGCAUCGGUGACAUUUACAUGUCCCUUAGCCGCUUUGAUGAGGCUGUGUUCUCCUACCAGAAGGCCCUGACAGUUUUCAAAUCCACCAAGGGUGACAACCACCCUUCAGUUGCUUCCGUCUUCGUCCGUCUGGCUGACCUCUACUACAAGACGGGCAAGAUAAGGGAGUCCAAAUCUUACUGUGAGAGUGCCCUGAGGAUAUACACAAAACCUGUGCCUGGAACCACAGCAGAGGAGAUCUCUAGUGGGCUGACUGAAGUCUCAGCCAUCUAUGAAGCUGUUAAUGAGCCUGACGAGGCAUUAAAGCUCUUGCAGAAGGCAAUGAACUUGUUAGAAGACACACCAGGGCAGCGAAGCACAAUUGCUGGGAUAGAAGCACAGAUGGGUGUGAUGUUUUACAUGGUUGGAAGGCAUGAAGAGGCUCGUAGCUCUUUUGAGAGUGCUGUGACCAAGCUUAGAGCCAGCGGAGAGAGGAAAUCAUCUUUUUUUGGGAUUGUGUUGAACCAGAUGGGACUGGCUUGUGUACAACUGUACAAGAUAGAUGAGGCAGCUGAGCUGUUUGAAGAAGCAAGAGGAAUACUGGAGCAGGAGUGUGGCCCUUACCAUCCAGAUACCCUUGGUGUAUAUAGCAACCUUGCAGCAACAUAUGACGCCAUGGGGAGGGUAGAAGAUGCAAUUGAGGUUCUGGAAUACAUUCUUAAGGCAAGAGAAGAAAAACUUGGGACAGCAAACCCUGAUGUUGAGGAUGAGAAGAAAAGGCUAGCGGAACUCCUGAAAGAAGCAGGCAGGUCCAGGAACCGAAAAGCAAAAUCACUCGUUAACCUCUUUGAUACCACCUCCCAGAGGAUGAGGAAAGAGGUAACAAGGAGGUGGUCUGGCUUAGGCUUCAAAAGUUGACGAGGAAUUUGUUUAUAAGUCUACGCAUACAUGUCGCUCUCUGUAAUAUAGAAGAAGAAUAUGUAAAGGGUCAACUUGUGAAUUGAUGGCUUGUUUCUUGAGCUUCUAAUCUGCAUUUGUUUAAUUUUCCAAUUGUUCUUUAAAUAUUUGCAUUGUGAUUAUUGUAAGUGUUCACUACACAAAAGAAGUCAUGAUAAGUCGACUGAAUAAAUCUUUACGAAUUAAGAUUGUUUCUUUACAUACUUA